UACUCCCCCCACCCUCCAUCUCUCUCUCACACUGUGCUUGUUUCUUUCUCUCCUCUCUCUCUCUCUCUCCCUCUCCAAACCCUAGCCCCAAUCCUAACCCUCCUCAUUCUCGAUUUCUCCACUCCCUAUCAUCAGAGGAAGAUCCGGUUCCUCGGCUCCUCUACGUGAGCUAUCGAGCUUACGGCUUGCCGUUUCUUCGCCUUUCUUUUAAUCUCGUAAGAGGAAGGAAGAGGACCGGAAAAGUUUUCGGACGAAUUAUCGGGUUCUUUCGAAUUUUCAAGGAUUAAUGAGAAUUUCUUCCAGAUUUUUCUGAUUUUAUUUCUUCAUUUUGGCACGAGGCCGUGAUUCUGCUCGGAUCUGCGGUGAUGUGAGAGUUCUGAGGCUCCGUAAGCUUCCGUUUGAGGUGUUCCAUGGGGUUUGUCAGAACUGGCGAAAUGUAGGCGAAAUGGAGAGGGUUUUGGGUGCAUCACCGAGCUCUCUGCUUGAUUUGCACUUCAAGAUGGCAUCGCCUUAGCCUGGCUCAGGUUAACAGUCUGUGAAGAAAGUUCGAUUUUUUUUUUUUGUCAGAAAGUUCCAAUUUUUAUCGGAAAUUCUAUGCGUGUUAUUCAUUGCGCGAGCAUUGCUGUAUUAUUCGAGGUUUUUAAAAAGGAAUUAUUAUUAUUAUUAUUAGGGCGUUGGGGGGUUCUUUGGUUGUGGUUGAUGGUUAUUGUGAAUACUGGUGAUCUAAAUCGAUGAAGAGCUUGGAUUGCUUUAAAAAGAACUUGAAAAGGAGCAAAAGACCAGAGAGGAAGCUCUCUCUUGGAGAGUACAGGAAGGCGGUGUCAUGGUCCAAGUACCUGGUCUCUUCUGGUGCGGAGAUUAGAGGUGGAGGGGAGGAGGAAUGGAGUGCAGAUAUGUCCCAAUUGCUCAUUGGGACUAAGUUUGCUUCGGGGCGGCAUAGCCGGAUUUAUCAUGGGAUAUACAAGGAUAAAGAGGUGGCCAUUAAGUUGAUAAGCCAGCCUGAGGAGGAUGUGACUCUUGCUGCUUCUCUAGAGCAGCAGUUCACUUCGGAGGUUGCAUUGUUGUUUCAUCUCCGGCAUCCUAACAUAGUCACGUUUGUUGCUGCAUGCAAGAAACCUCCAGUUUUCUGCAUCAUCACUGAGUACAUGGCAGGUGGUUCUCUUCGGAAAUAUCUCCACAAGCAAGAGCCUCACUCACUCCCUCUGAAGCUGGUCUUGAAAUUAUCCCUCGAUAUUGCUCGUGGAAUGAAUUAUCUUCAUUCACAGGGAAUCCUCCAUAGGGAUCUGAAGUCAGAAAAUAUUCUUCUUGGGGAAGAUAUGUCUGUGAAGGUAGCAGAUUUUGGAAUCUCAUGCUUGGAAUCUCAGUGUGGCAGUGGGAAGGGGUUCACAAGUACUUAUCGAUGGAUGGCCCCUGAAAUGGUCAAGGAAAAAAGUCAUACAAGGAAAGUUGAUGUAUACAGUUUUGGCAUUGUCUUUUGGGAACUACUGACAGCGUUGAUCCCAUUCCAAGACAUGACUCCUGAACAGGCUGCUUAUGCUGUUGCCCAGAAGAAUGCUAGACCACCUUUGCCUGCUGCUUGUCCUCUGGCAUUAAGUCAUCUCGUCACUCAGUGCUGGGCAACUAACCCUGAUAAAAGGCCUCAAUUUGAGGAGAUCGUAUCUAUACUUGAGAGCUACAAACAAGCUUUUGAAAAGGAUCCUGCAUUUUUCUUGUCCUUCAAGCCUGUUCAGCAGCAGGCUUUGCUUGGAUGCUUUCCAAGUAUGCGACUGAUAUUGGAGAAUUCAAGUCAGGGAGCAGGCAAAAGCAACAGGAUAGAGGUGAUAAAGCAAAUGGACUGUCGUCUCUUAUGAAAAAAAAGCGAGUUACCUUGUAGUGAGCUUGUUUCUUGAUACAGAAGUUCUUGCAGGGCACAAGAUGCAUUGAGCUAUCGUAAUUCUAACAUCAUUGAAGCUCAAAUUCAAGUGGAAAUUGUGCUAGUGGUUUCUAGAACUUUUACAAUUGUCAUCUUAGAUUUCUUUCUUUUGAGUUACUCUCAGGUUAAGAGGAGUCUUCUUUUAGUGUCUAUGAUACCUGGUUAACAGGAACAUGCUUUGCUUUGAAUCCAUUUUUCAUCCUCCUCCAUUACUGUUUA